AUCAACUUGCACGUGGUUUUGAAAACAAAUAUCACACAAUUAAUAUUAUUUAUUUACAUAAAGAAAUAAUUUUUAAUUUUGGAUUCGUGUAUACGUAGUUUUGUACUUUCGUAGUUCCAUUCAAGUAAGAUUUGGCUAUUGAAAAAGUAUUAGUUUUAAAUUUAAAUUAUUUACUUUUAAAUUUUGUAUUGAAAUUUAUUCCAAAUGAUAAUAUUAUAAUAUCAUUUGGUUACAGGUGAGAAAUGGACGACGAAGGACUUAUUGGAUUUAGCGAUACAGCUAUAAUAAAGCCUGAGUUAAAACAAAAGAAUGGCAAGAGAUCAGGGGGUUUUCAAGCCAUGGGCCUAAGUUUCCCCGUAUUAAAAGGCGUUCUUAAGAGGGGCUAUAAAGUACCUACACCAAUACAAAGAAAAGUGUGGUUAAAUAAAAUUACUUUUUCUUCUGAAAUAAUCUAUAUAUUUGUGUUAUUUGAAUUCAGACGAUACCAAUUGCUUUAGAAAACCGUGAUGUUGUGGCUAUGGCUAGAACAGGUAGUGGAAAAACUGCUUGUUUUUUAAUACCGAUGUUUGAAAAAUUGACUCAACACACUGUUAACGGCCAUCGAGGCAUUCGUGCUUUAAUUUUAUCACCGACUCGUGAACUUGCUGUACAGGUAUUAUUUUUUUAUUGAAUAUAAAUUAAAUAUUUUCAGAAGAACAACAGUUUUUUUAAUCAUACCAUACCUAUAGUAUCAUAAUAAUGUUUUUACUACUAAAACCAAGUCAAUUUCUAUAUAUUCACAAUAAUUUGGACCUUUUGGAGUCUUUUAAUGUUCUUGUAUUAAUACUUGUAUUCAAUGUUACAUAUUUUUAGUUUUAUAAGUAUUAUAACUAUGUUUUAGACGCUAAAGUUUGUAAAAGAAAUAGGAAAAUUUACCAAUUUAAAAUCAGCUGUGAUACUAGGAGGUGAUCCAAUGGAAGCACAGUUUAGUAUAAUGCACAGUGCUCCAGAUAUUGUAGUAGCAACUCCAGGUCGAUUUUUACAUUUAUGUGUAGAAAUGACAUUAAAAUUGCCAUACAUUCAGUAUGUUGUAUUUGACGAAGCAGAUAGGCAAGUUAUUUUUAUUAACUUAUUUCAUAUAUAUAUAUAUUGAUAUUAUUAUAUUAAUAAAUGGUAUAUUAACUAUUUAAUCAUAGGCUUUUUGAAAUGGGUUUUGGUGAACAAUUAACAGAAAUUAUUGCUCGUCUACCAGAGACUAGACAAACAUUACUGUUUUCAGCUACUUUACCAAAAGUUUUAGUACAAUUUGCUCGGGCUGGACUUUCUGAUCCUGUUUUAAUAAGGUAAAUAGUAUAUUAUUAGUGUAAAUUGUUGAAAAUAUAAUUAGUUAAUCUUUAUUUUAAUUAUUCACCAAUAAUGUACUUAAAAUUUUAGAUUGGAUGUUGAGUCAAAAAUACCUGAUACUCUAGGAUUAGGAUUCCUUAGUGUGCGUCCUGAAGAACGAGAUGCUGCUUUAUUAUGUCUUUUAAAAUAUGUUGUUAAACCAGAUUCUAUGACUAUAAUUUUUGCUCCGACCAAACAUCACGUUGACUUUAUUCAUUUAGUAAGUUAUAGUUAUUCUUAAAUAAUAUGGUUACAAAUUCAUUCUAGUAUUAUAUAUACUUAAUAUUUAGUAGCCUUUACCAUAUAUGAUAAAUUAGAGUAUUAAUAUCUAUAUAUAUAUUUAUUUUAGCUUUUGGAUUUUCAUGAGAUAUCAAAUACAUUUAUAUACUCUGAUUUAGAUCCAACAGCCAGAAAAAUAAAUGCUAGUAAAUUUCAAACAGGUACUGUGCGGACACUUGUAGUUACUGAUAUAGCAGCUCGUGGUAUAGAUAUUCCACAAUUGGAUGUUGUUAUAAAUUAUACAUUUCCAGCCAAAUCUAAAUUAUUUGUGCAUAGAGUUGGUAUGUAAAGUAGUGAAAAAUAAAAUACAUUAGUGUUCAAUAGAAUCAUAACUUUUCUAAUAGGACGAUGUGCUCGAGCUGGAAAGUCAGGACAAGCAUACAGUCUAGUAACUCGUGAUGAAAUGUGCUACUUAUUAGAUCUACAUUUGUUCUUGGGUCGUCCAUUUAGUCCUGUGUUUGAUACUCCAAAAUCAGAUGAUGAUAUUGAUGGUCUUUUUGGUAUAGUUCCACAACUAUUGAUAGAGGAAGAACUUGGACAAUUAACUAGUUGGUAUACAUCAACUAUUGAAGUGGUAUGUUUAAUAAUAUACACACCCAAUUAAAAAAUAUAAUGUUAAAUAUAUGUUGUGUUCCAAUAGAUUAAUUCUCAAAAGACUUGUGUAAAUGGCUAUAAAAAUUAUAUCAAGUCUAGACCAGGAGCAUCAGUUGAUAGUGUACGGAGAGCAAAAAAGAUAGACCUUACUGCUAUUGCUGAACAUCCAAUGUUUAAUAAAGUAAUAGCAUCAGAUAUGGGACGAAUAGAUUUUGUUAGUCGUAUAAAGAACUUUAGACCAGACACUGUAAGUUUUUGUUUGCAACUUAUUUUGUGCUAUCUAUUAUAAGACAAAAUAAUACAUGUUUAAUUACUAUCAAAACUGAAUGUUUUCAUUAUUUAUGUUGUUUAUAUUUAUAUAAAUAUUUAAUGAGAUAAUAUAAUACUAUUUAGGUAUAAUGAAAUAUAAAUAUUUUAUUCUUUUAUAGACUGUUUUUGAGAUGGGCCAGUCUACAAACUCAAUACAAUCAAUUCAAAUGAAACUGUUAAGAGAGAGAAAUUUACCUAGUGUUAUUAACUAUCACCGAAAAAAACGUGAACAAUUAAUGGACCCUGAAGGUAUGCAGUUAAAAAAAGUUGAUUUACCUUGUAGUAACCAAUCUGAAAUUAGAGAAACAUUUAAUGACAUUAUCACACAAAGACCCCGUGUAACUGGUCAAAAAAAGAGGCAAAAACCAAAACUAAAACAAAAACCAAAAUCAUCUGAGAAAUCUGAACAUUUCAUACCAUAUAAACCAGCAGAUGCUUACACAGAAGAAGGGUAAGUGAAGGAUUAUAAUUUUUUUUUUAAUGUUACAACAUUUUUUUAUUUUUUAUUUUUACUUUGAUUCAUAAUUAAAAUUAUUAUUUUAUUUUAGAUUGGCUGUUGGUGAAUUGAAAUCAACUGAAGGAAUAUUAGAUUUAAUGGGCGAUUCAGAACAGUCAUUAGCCAAACAACGUACAAAUAAACGUAAAUGGGAUCCAGUAAGUCAUAAGUAUGUGAGUGCACAGAGCCUUGAAAAGAAACAAGUAAAAAAAAUUAAAUCCGAGUCUGGACAAUGGAUACCAAUCACUUAUAAAAGUGAUAGGUAUGAAAAAUGGCAAGAAAAAUCCAAAUUGAAGAAUUCAGUUUCUGAAGAAAAAGAUGAAGAAGAAGAGAAAAAAAUAGCACCACGUGAGUAUUUAUUAAAAGCAAAUUUAUUAAUCUUAUAUAAUAUAAUAUUAAUUAACAUCAAUUCUUCAUCAUUAUAAUCAGUGAUUUUAAUUAUUAUGUAAAAAUAUCAAUUCUGAGUUCCUAAAGUAAAUUUCACAACAUUCGAUACAAAAAUAGUACUAUGGUGAAUAAACCUAACACUUGUUAAAUCAAAUUGUGAGUUUAUAAUCCAAUAAACAUUACUUCAGCAUAUAUUCUAGUCCCCCUAUAAGUUAAUAAUAUUUUUCAUCUACAGAGUCAAAAAUAAUUAUUAUAGGUUACUUUUUAGAAUUUUUAAAAAUCAUUAAUUGAGUCCUCUCUAACAGACGAUUAGGAACUUGCAUUGUAUGCUAUCUACAUGAAGGUUGAUCGCAUUGUAUGUUAUCUAUGUCUCAGACGAUACAUGUGGGUCAGACAUUGACAGUGUGCUCUUAUGUCGUAGUUAUAGUUAUUAUUAUUUUUUUUACAAAAUUUUGUUUUGAUAAUAAUAAGAAUUAAAAGUCGUUUUCAGACGUCGAAAAAAAAAACCCAAAAGGGAUAGUGUAGAUUGUGGUUACGGUAGAUAUGUUUUCAAUGUAGCCUACAGUGCAAGUUCCGAAUAAUAAUAAAUUAUUUUGUCAAAACUAAAAAAUAGCUUAUUUAUUAGAUUUUAUAUCUAUACAAUCAUAAAGUUCUAAAUCAAAUAUUUUAAUUUUACACAGUGAAAAGAUCAAAAUAAAUUUUAUUAUUUUAAUUUGAACAUUUCCUUCAAACUAAAAUUAUUGUGCUUGAAAAUUAUGAGACAGAGUAAAGUUUUACUCUUGUUUCAAAAUUUUCCAUCAAAAUAAUAAUUAUUUGGCCAUCCUAUUUUUAUAUUAAAAUUAUAUCGCUAUUUCGUUAAUAUUAAUUACACAGUGGUAAACAUUUAUAUUUUUCUCCUUAGUGUUCCGAUUUAGAUUAGACACUCGUUGGGGUCGUCAUAAUGCUAAAUUACGGGAAAAGCAAUCUGAACACCGUCUCAAACUGGACACCAAACACAUAUUAAAACAGAGAAUAAUUAAGGAGCACCGUCGACAGAAGAAUGGUAGAAAACCCGUGAAAAAAGAUAAGAUUAAAAAGAAGAGUGCUAAAUUUAAUAAAUUUUAAAUUGUAAGUGUCAUUUUCAUAAUAAAAUUUUCAUGGUUUAUGUGUAAUCAUGUUUAUUGUAAUAUUCUUAUAUUAUAUAGUAUAUUAAAAAAUAAUAUGAUAUGUUACAUCCAGUGAACGAAUUCUAUUGACCAAAAUAAUUUUAAACUUCAUAUUUUUACAAUUUUAUAAAGAGCUGAAUUUGUUCUGAAUAAAAAUACAUUUUAAGGUUAAAAUGUAAAUGGUUUAAUUUAAAAUUAUGAUUAUAAAUGUCUAUUAACUUAAAAGUUUUUGCGAUUAAUAUAAUAAUAAUAUAAUUAAAUGCUUUGUGUUUAUUAUAUUUUAACUUAUAACAUUUUUCAUAAUUUUACAGACAUCGAUUAGUGUUAAAUUAAUUUGAAAUUUAUGUUUACCUCAUUAUCAAGGAUUAAAACUUUUAAAGCUUAAAAAUACUGAAAAAUGUGUAUAAAUAUAUAUUAAAAAAUAGUAAAAUAUGGGAUUUUAUAUUUUAUUUCACGUAUUUACAGGCUGUCCUUUAACAGAGAUUUAUUACAGUUUCAUUAUGUAUUAAAUAGAGAAGUGUACAAGACAAUAAUAGUUCAGAAAUUUUAAAAAACUAACAACAACAGAAAUUAGAUAUAAAUAGAAAGUAAAAUUAGGGUCUGCAUUGUCGCUAGACAUUAAUUGUUUUAGGGCAAGAGUGGCAAAUUAUUUUGACAAAAAAUGUAAAAUUGUGAUGCUAUUAUUUAUUAUUGAAAUUAAAAAUAAAAAUAUAAUAUAAAUAUUUAAAUUUUUUGUGUGCCCUCAAAAUUUUUUCACAUGUCAUAGAUUUGCCAUCCCUGUCUUAGGGACUUGCUAGUCAUUUGCUAAAUAAUUAUUAGUGGCAUGCGGGAUGUAAAAGAGUAACGCAUCUGAUUGAACAUUGAGGAACCUUAAAAUAAAAAUAAAACUAGAUGAUUUAACUUUGCUAUUCAAUAACCUUUCACUGAACCUAAUACCCGAAAUAUGCCUGCGCUCAGCUAAAGAAGAUAGGCAAAGAACAUUAGCUAUCUUUGUAUAAUUGUUUGGAGGACAAGGCAUUUUUAACAUGUAACUUUGCAAAUUGCAAAAACUUUUGUUGGCCACACUCUAGCUGAUUUGAAUUGUAGACUGAAU